AUGGACAAAGACGAAGCGGACCGGCUCAUAGAGAAGGCCAAGCUGUGUUUACGGUCGGGCCGGAAGGACCGGGCGCUGCAGCUGCUACAUGAGGCGCAGAGAACCUACCCCAGCACCAGGGCCAGAGUACUGAUAGAUGCCAUAGUGAGAAACGGAGGCGGUGCGCCCCCGGAGUCGAACCACGUGCCUCCGCCCACAGGCUGGAGAGACGAGGACCUCGGAAACCAAGAAAUGAGGAACGUGCAUCAUGAUGAAAAGAAGACCUACACGGAGGAGCAACGCCAGGGUGUUUCCAGAAUAAAGAAUUGCAAGGACUUCUAUGAAAUCCUCGGCGUAGACAAAGGCGCCGGCGACGAAGAUCUGAAGAAGGCGUACAGGAAGUUGGCCCUGAAGUUUCACCCAGACAAGAACUUCGCCCCAGGGGCCACAGAUGCAUUCAAAGCCAUCGGUAACGCAUACGCAGUGCUGAGCAACCCAGAGAAGAGGCAGCAGUACGAUCAAUACGGAGAUCAGUGCCCGACCUCAAACGUACCCCACCACCCCGGCCACAGCCGGCCCGCACACUACCGGAGCUUCUACAGGGACUUCGAGGCCGACAUUUCCCCCGAGGAGCUCUUCAACAUUUUCUUCGGCGGAAGGUUUCCCACAGGAAACGUGCACGUGUACACCAACCAGGGCGCCUCCUACUCUCAGUUCUACCAGCCGCGUCGUCGGCGGGCCCAUGAAAGGCGCGAGGAGGUGGUGGUGGAGGAAAACCAGAGCCAGAACACCUUCACAGCUCUCCUGCAGCUCCUCCCCGUGCUGGUGUUGAUCCUCAUCUCAGUCUUUACUCAGAUGAUGGCCACUAAUCCGCCCUACAGUCUGUUCUACAAGCCGGCGAUGGGGUUGGUGGUGUCCAGAGAAACGCAGCACAUGGGCGUACCGUACUACGUGGACAAAGGUUUUCAGAAGGAGUACCGCGGAGCUGCGCUGGAAGAGCUAGAGAAAACCAUAGAGAGCGACUACAUCGAACACCUGCAGAGUAGCUGCUGGAAGGAGAAGCAGCAAAAGUCGGACUUGGCAAACCUGGGACAGCUCUACCGGGACGAGCGUUUAAAGCAGAAGGCGGAGUCCAUGAGGCUGGACAACUGCGAGAAACUGCAGCGAUUGGUCGGCCGCCUGAGAGUCAAAUGAGGACUGGUUGAGAGCUGGAAACAUUUCUUUAGCGAAAUGUGUGAUUUACCCAUUCUGGCCAUUUUGUCGCGACAUGCCAUCGGGUACAGUGGGAAGAUUGCGCCCCCCCCCCCCCCCCCCCCAUCCCUCUGGAAACAACGUGCCUUCUCUCCGGGGGUGGGGAAAUAAGGAGUUGCACCGUGGCGGUAGCAGCUGGGAGUGCAGACUCACUCUGGCAGGGCGUAUGGUGUCUCGCAGCCUUCAAACUUUCUUAUAGAAAUGGCAUGACAUACGCGGUCUCCCCUGGGGGUUACCAAGGCAGUUGUAUGUUUGGGACAUACAUGUUUUACCUGUUUAGGUUCAAUAGUUUUUUGUUUUUGUUUUUCUUGUUCUCUUGUGUCUUUGUUGAAAUUUGAGUUGUAUUUAUUUGGUAGAUAACAGGGUGAAUGUUAGUCAGGUUUUUUUCAGUAGGAAUAGAGAUCUACAUAAUACUGCAGUGUUUGGUCAAAUCAGCACAUAUUUAUUGUUAAAUGACAAUUUAAGGACCUUUUUUUGGUAUUUAAAAACCAAGACAGAUCCAACAAUUAAACCAUCUGCAGUACAUACAAUGAAA